CAAAGGGGAGGAGUUAUUAGGGCAGCCACGCCCACUGACAGGUUGAUGGACGUGAGGAAGCCUCACGCGUUCACUCCUGUGCGCCUCUUCACUCGUCAUGGACGCGGCGUGGAGCUUUUUGCUUUUCGUGUUGCUCACGGCAGGUUCAGUAAAAGUGUCUCUUCAAGGUGCAAAUGAGCGCCGGCUGUACAACGACCUGCUGAGAGAGUACAAACCUCUGGAGAGACCCGUCCACAAUGACUCUCAUGUGCUCCGUGUAGAGUUCAGCAUCACCGUCAGGCAGAUCAUUGAUAUGGAUGAGAGGAAACAGAUUUUAACAACCAGCAUGUGGCUAAAUAUGUUUUGGAAUGAUGUUUACCUGCAGUGGAACGCAGCUGACUUUCCAGGUGUGACUGCUCUCAGAUUUCCUGAACACCUCAUUUGGAAGCCUGAUAUUUGGCUUUAUAACAGUGGAGAGGACCGGUAUGAUCCAGUUUUUCACACCAACAUCGUGGUUCAACCCUCAGGCUUCUGCUCCUACAUACCUCCAGGGAUCUUCAAGAGCACGUGCUCCAUUGAUGUGCGGUGGUUCCCCUUUGACAUGCAGAGAUGCGAGCUGAAGUUUGGCUCCUGGACUUAUGGAGCCUGGUCUUUAGACUUGCAGAUGAAGGAGGCAGAUCUCUCUAACUAUGUCACCAAUGGCGAAUGGGAUCUUGUUGAGGUUCCCGGGAAGCAGAAUGAGGGUGUUUACGCCUGCUGUGAGGAGCACUACCCUGAUGUCACAUUUACACUGGUAAUGCGGAGGCGAACGCUCUACUAUGGCCUGAAUCUCCUCAUCCCCGGUGUCCUGAUCUCUGCCCUGGCAGUGCUUGUGUUUCUGCUGCCUGCUGACUCUGGGGAGAAGAUCUCUCUCGGAAUUACCGUCCUGCUUUCCCUGAUUGUACUGAUGCUGCUGGUUGCAGAGAUCACUCCAGCUACUUCAGAUUCCAUGCCUUUAAUAGUUCAAUACUUUGCCACUACCAUGUUCGUUGUUGGAUUGUCAGUAAUUGCGACAGUUAUUGUCUUGCACUGCCAUCACCACGACCCAGCUGGAGGAAAAGUGCCAAAGUGGGCACGUGUAUUCCUCUUCGACUGGUGCGCCUGGUUUCUUCAAAUGAAGCGCCCGCAAAGCAGCCUGACCAGCAUGGAACUUAGCCAUAGCACCGCAGCACGGAAGUCCACCGAUGGCAGCAAGACUAACGUUGAGAGCACGCCAUACUCCUCUACCGCCGGCUCCUCUGACUCAGCCGCCCCGUCCUCACAGGUCGCUUCAGGCGGUGGAAUCGAAUCGGAGCUGGUCAUGAUCCUGGAGGAGGUUCGCUAUAUCGCCAAACGCUUUUUCAACCAAGACAGAGAUGCGUCUGUGUGUAGUGAGUGGAAAUUUGCUGCAGCUGUUAUUGAUCGGCUUUGCCUUGUGGUUUUCACACUUGUCGUGAUCCUGUACACCAUCGGAAUUCUCAUGUCAGCUCCCACCUUUGGAGGGUCCAUUUCAAAAAAUGUUUAAAAUUUUAACCCAGGGAGCGAGUACCAAAAGAAAAUCUACUCAUGUUAACACAUUUACUCAUGUCAAUCAGGCGCCUGUAAUGAGUUAUCACUUCAUAUUUACCUUUACUAAACAUUUAUUUAAUCCAUUUGAGAUAUGUUUAUUGUAUUAAUCAUUAAUUGAUCAAUACCAGCAUUUCUUUUUUUGUGCUAGU